UGCAUCUGCCUUGUGCUCUUUUGCAGAGCUUGUUUGUGGACUUUUGAACGCUCAAGCUUUGACAAAACAAGAAUAGAAAAGAAAAAAUACGAUCGGAAAAUGUUCCGUCUCGAAAAGAAUCCAGAAUCUCCCUCCCAGCAGGAAGAAGACAAAGAGGCCUUUUUUGGCAAAGUCUUUUCUCUUCUUAAAGAAGCAACCAGUCUGUUCGAGGACAAGGAGGAUUUGAUCGAGCAGUUGAGACAAAUGCAGAGGAAAAUAGGAGACAUGAAAUGUAUCGACGAUGAUUACCAGUAUCUCAAAAGUCAGAUAUUCAUUUGUAGUAAGGUCAACGAACAUUUAAAACACGAGUUUCAUGUAUUGAAAGAAAAACUGGAAGCUCAAGCUACCCUCAGGGACAAAUGCAGAAGGAAACAGAGAGAACUUGACAGUAUAAUCCAAAGCAACCAAGCUUUUGAAACAGUAGUUAAGGAGUUAACUUUGAAACUAAAGAAUCCCAACGAACUGAAAGAAGAGUACCAGGCAGCGCAAGACAAGAAAGAAAUCCUGACACAAGAAAACAUGUGGCUGGAAAUCCAGAUUCAGGAGGUCCAGAGACAGCUUUCAAUACAGAGCCAGCUGGAAAAAGACUGCGAAGAAUCCGAGGACUAUAACAGUAGCUUGGAAAUGACUAACAUAAUUAUGGAGAGACAGCUCGAGGGGUUAGAGGACAAACUUUGGGAAAAAGAAACCAACUUCAUGACUAGCUACACCGAAAAACUCCAGUCCAAACUCAUCCAGCUCCAAAAGGAGUACAAGGCCGAACAGUACUGGUCUGACAAACUGAAGCAUAUCAGAAGUCAUUGGAGCGAGAUUAAAGAGAAGAACAGCACACUUCAGGCGGAACACGACAAGCUCAAACGGCAGCUUUGGAAAACUAGGAGGUUCAAGAACAGGAACAGUGAAAUUACUUCACUCAUUCAGGGUAAAGAGGAAGAAAAUGCCUCUUUAUGCCUGGAAAAUGGGAGGCUCAGAAAGGAACUGCAGGAGUUGGAAAGCACCGAGGAAAAAAUCGAAGUGUUCAGUGACGAACUGCAGGAAGUGUUGGUCUGUCCGACAACGACCGAGGAAAGCGAGAGUGCUCAUGUCAUUUUCCCCCCACCUGUUCUACCAGACGAGGAGCCAGAAACCUCCACCAGCCAGGAUGGGCAGGUUACUGACUGCAAGCUUCACCAGUAUCUGUCGCUGUCAGAGACACAACCCCACAGUCUGAGAGAAGAUCCCGGAUUUGUAGUUUCAACAGAUGCUGAUAGGCCCUCACCAGUCCACUGUGUGGAUGAGACAAAAAUCACUGUGGAUCCGGGGUGGCCCAGCACACAGGGAAGUGAAGCACAGCUUUCCAAGCAAAAGGGGCUUUGGGGAGACGUGUCAUUUUACAACAUGUUUUUUGUCGUACCUAAAAUCACGUACGAUAAAUUUUUUGGCAGAAGACAAGAGCCCUCACCUCUCACUCACUAACUCACAGUCAUCACCAGGGCUUUCUGUUGCAACUGCCACCCCAGUAGACCCGCCGCCGCCGCUGAACACUGAACUUGGCGCCGAUUGCUCACGCCACUUUCACUUAAAGCUGCAAUAAUCUGUGAAAAGAUCGAGCUCCUCCAUCUCGAAGGGAUCACCAGUUCCCUUCACGGAACUGGUGAUCCACAGCGGGCCGCACCAGCCGGUGGUGGCGCCUUCGCAGCCGCUGGACCUGGACCCUUUUGGAGCGGCGCCGUUCCCCUCCAAGCAGUAACUCAACAUGUCUUCCGCCAGUAGCCGUUAACCCACAGCUGUUUUUUUUGUUUUUUGUCACUGUAGCUCAGGGUCCUACCUGAGGAGCUCAGGUAGGACCCUGAGCUCCUACCUCUGUCGGAAGAAACGCACCGCUCUCAACCAAAAACAGCCAAUCAGAGUCAGGAGGACCUUAGUGCUGUCAAUACAUAUAUGUCACGACAUAUAUGUAAAACUGAGCCCGUCCUUCAAAAUAGCAACAUGUCACAACAUUUAUUGAAUCCGGUACGGCGUCACCCACCUGAGGUUUCUCUACGGCAGACAUAUUUGUCUUUGGUCAGAGUUUCUGCUGGCGAAAAGCAGAAGGGGAGUUGGGGUAAGUCAGCCAGGACUUGAGAAAAACUUUAGAAGCUGCAACGUCCAGGUGGGCUUUGUAUGUCUCUCUGUGGUCUCACUAGGUCUAUUGUUUGAGUGGCGAUAUACUCAAUUUGGUCCACUUUACUUAUGAGACAGACGUACACUCUCCCACCCAUGCACCGACAUCUUCACACCCACAUACAGAUGAGGAAGAGGCUCCUCUCAGCCUGCUCUAAAAGCCCUUGGCGCUGCUUGUUUACCCUUCACUGUGACAGCUUUGUGUGUUUGUGUGUGUUUGUGUGUGUGUGCACGCGUCUGCGUGUGUGCGUGUGUGUGUGUAGAUCUGAGGGGCGAGAUAUUGCGUGUCAAGUGCUCUCGAGGGCUACACUAUCAUUUCUGAGUGUUAUCACACCAUCCUACUUCCCAGGGGUAGGCUGUCUUUCUUUUUGGCUUUUUUUUUUCUCUUUAAUACACACACUCUGUUUUCUCUCUCUGUCACACACACACAGAUAUACACACACAUUAGAUGUACACACAGACUCAGUAGGAAGUCCAGACAGUGUUUGCGCAGUGAAGUGUAAAGUCAAAGAAAAAAAAAAGUGUAUGGAGUAAGUUGACCAGUUGGUCAGAGUACACACACACAAACACACGUAAAAGUUUGUAUUUCUUCCCAUAUUAGAAAAGUUUAAAGAUCUCCAUUCAUUUUAGUUGCUCCAUUUGUAUCCAACCACAAUAAUCCAGCAAAGCGGACUAAACUGAGGUUUACUUUACAACAUCGCCUUAAUUCAAACUCUACCCUGACACUAAUUUCCCUCCCAGCCUACAGGAGUAUUGGUCAGAACCGGUCAGAACCAGAUCACACAUCCCUGUACUUCUACCCAACACACAACUUUCUGUUGACUUCCAAUUGUUUUAGUAAGUGUCUUUACGCCUAACCCAGAUAUUCCAUAACCUUAAUCUCUCCCUAAUCCUAACUUUAACCACAAUUUAUUUCACACCAUACCUCUAAACAUAAAGCUGCAGUAUGGAACUUUUAUAAAAAAUAUAUUUAUUUUUACAUAUUUGCUGAAACAGUCAAUUUGCCGUGACAGUAUGGUGUGAGAGAGCUAAUCUGUGAAAAAAAGAUAUUCUCUUCCAGUGCUAACUAGAAACAACCAAUCAGAGCUUAGUGCUGUCAAUCACCCUCCGUGUAGCGAUGCUCAUGACAUCCAGCUCCCCCCACCUUACUCUAUGCUGUGGUACAGAGCCUGUUGUGAAUGCCAACUCUAGUUACCAUGGCCACAAUGAUGACCCAUAGCAUAGAGUAAGCAGUUUUCCUGAAACAGUAACUUGUUUCUCUACCAUUAGCACAUAGAGCAGCGAGUACAUGAGGUUCAUUGACAGCACUUAGACCCUCCCCCUCACUCUGAUUGGUUGUGAAUGUUUUCAUAUGCCAAUAGCAUCUCAAGAAGAGGUGGAGGAGAUUGGUCUAUUCACAGAUCAUCUGUCCCAUAACGUGCGGCAAUUUUAACAAAUGUAAAAAAAUAAAAACAACAUAUCUUUAGUUUUUAGCUCAGUACAGAAGCAAUGUCAGAACCGGGAAAACCUCCUCACUUUCUAAAAUCAGCUGCCUUUAGCUGGUGAGAAAGUGUUCCUCUAUGUACAGCCCAGCUCCCAGAACCUCCACUUUCAUUCCAGUUAGAUGAGGAGCUUCGAAGACUCAAAGGAGAAACCUUUCAGACUUUCUGUGCAUAGUGUGUUCCCCCUUUGGUUUUUGGAAUCAGAAACCUGGAGCAUGUCAGAAUUCAAAUGUUCUGCCUUUAGGACAGCUCCAUGGGCUCAGAAACCUUAGAUGUGCUCCUGUCUUCCAUGAAAAACAGUCUCACCCACACAGCUGCCCAGCUUGCACUAGAAACACACUCAAUCUGACCUUUUCUAAAUUAACAUCCACUUUCCUGCUGAGGGAAUAUAAUGGACACAACUCUGUGCUCAAAUGCUUAUGUGUAAGAAACCUCUUUUUCAAAUCAUAAAUUAUCAAAACAACACAGUGGUCACAGUUAGGAAAUGUCCUCCUGGCUCUAGCUGGGAGUUCCUCUAUUUAAAGUCACAGUACCUGCGUCGCUAUGCAAACAGCCUAGGAUACAAAAAUAGAUUUAAGCUACAAAAAUAAUAAACAAAACAAAAAAAAUUCAAGAUAUAAUCUAAAGUUGUGUAUGUUGUGCUCCUUUUCUGAUUUC